GCUCCAGUCGCGCGGGGUCCUCACGUGCCACCGCGGCGGCUGCAGCUCUGGGACCCGCGGGCGCCGGGAGGGGCGUCGGCGGGCGCGCCGCGGGAGAUGAAGCAACUGAAGUCGUGGUGGUCGGCCGGCAGCGGCCUCCUGCAUCUCACCGUCCUGCUGAGCUUGGCCGGGCUCCCUGUAGACCUGGACCUCUACCUGCUGCUGUCGCCCCCCACCCUGCUCCGGGAUGAGCUGCUGCUGCUGGGCGGCCCGGCCAGCUCCGCCCACGCGCUCAGCCCCUUCCCUGCCUCUGGAGAGUGGGGGCACGCCGGCAGGCUGCACCCCAAGGGCCGGGUGCCGGACCCCGCAGGGGCGCCUGAGGGUCGGCUGCUCCGGGAGGUGCGCGCGCUCGGGGUCCCGUUCAUCCCCCGCACCCAGGUGGAUGCGUGGCUGGUGCACUGCGUGGCAGCGGGGGACGCGGACUCGGCCCACGGACUGCUCGGCGCUGCUGCCUCAUCCGCGGGUGGAGUUGGCGGCGCCAGUUUGGACGGCGGCGGCCAAGCUGCGCAGGGGGGUGGCGGGGACCCCCGAGGUACUCAGAAUAGCCCCUUGGCCGCCGAGGAGGAGAAGGAACCUGCCGAACCGACGGCUCAGGUGCCGCAUGCUGGCGAAUGCGCGAGCGAGGAGAAUGAGGUACUAAGAGAGAAGUGUGAAGCUGCAGAUCACAAUUCACGGCAUGAAGAAAAUGAAGAAAGUGUGUCAGCCAGGAAGGAGAAAUCACUACAGCAGAAUAAUGACGAUGAAAACAAAAUAGAUAAAGUUGACUGGGAGGCAGAAGGGAGCACUGAAUCUAUACAUGAGAGACGUCUAAAUGGGACAGAUACAUCUUUCUUUCUGGAAGACUUAUUCCAGUUGCUUUCAUCACAGCCUGAAAAUUCACUGGAGGGCUUCUCACUGGGAGAUAUUCCUCCUUUUCUAGGCACUGUCAAUGAUGGCAUGAAUUCUUCAGCACAUUCUAAUGUAAACUUUAGCCAGGCUAUAAGUCACGAUGUGAACCUUCAUGAGGCCAUGUUGUUGUGUCCCAACAAUACGUUUAGAAGAGAUCCAGUAGCAAGGACUUCACAGGCACAAGCAGCAUUUCUGCAGUUAACUUCUCAUACUAUCAAUCCUGAGCAGACCCUUACUGUAACUAAUUUGCCAGGCUCUCUCCCACCUGUUGACAAUCAAACAAGGACUCUGACAAGCCAGGACCUACUAUAUGAUCUUGACAUAAACAUAUUUGAUGAGAUAAACUUGAUGUCAUUGGCCACAGAGGAAGGUUUUGAUCCAAUGGAAGUUGCCCAGCUUUUUGAAGAACCAGAUUCUGAUUCUGGCCUUUCUUUAAAUUCAAGUCACAAUAGAACCUCUGUCACUAAGUCUAAUUCUUCUCACUCUGUGUAUGAUGAAGGUGCUAUAGGUUAUAAUAGUGACCUUGACUCUCUUUCCCAUCUUAACUUAGAAGGGGCUGUAGGAGGUUACUACACAGAACCCAGUAAGCUUUGUCACGUGGACCAUAGGAGUGCUUCUGGUUUCCACAGCAAUCUUUCGUUUCAACACGUAUUUCAUAACCACACUUACCACUUACAGCCAAGUGCACCAGAAUCCACUGAUGAAUCUUUUUCAUGGCCUGUGAAAUCACAGAAAAUGAGUAGGCACCUCAAUGACACAGAUAGAAACUUGAGUCGUGAUGAACGGCGUGCUAAAGCUUUACACAUCCCUUUUUCUGUAGAUGAAAUCGUCCGUAUGCCUGUUGAUUCUUUCAACAGCAUGUUAAGUAGGCACUAUCUGACAGACUUACAAGUCUCACUCAUCCGUGAUAUCAGACGAAGAGGGAAAAAUAAAGUGGCUGCUCAGAACUGUCGUAAACGCAAAUUAGACAUAAUUUUGAAUCUAGAAGAUGACGUAUGUAAUUUGCAAGCAAAGAAGGAAACCCUUAAGAGAGAGCAAGCCCAAUGUAACAAAGCUGUUAACAUAAUGAAACAAAAACUGCAUAUCCUUUAUCAUGAUAUUUUCAGUAGGUUAAGAGAUGAGCAAGGUAGGCCAGUUAAUCCAAACCAAUAUGCACUUCAGUGCAGCCAUGAUGGAAGUGUUUUGAUUGUACCCAAAGAACUGGUGCCCUCAGGCCACAGAAAGGAAAACCAAAAAGGAAAGAGAAAAAGUGAAAGAAGAAACUGAAGAUGGACUCCCUUAUGUGGACAAAGUACUACUGUUAAGAAACUGCUCAUCUGGAUCACAAACCAUUGUAAUCAACAUUAAGUACUGCUACUUGAAGUGCUCAGUUAAGGCUGUUUUGAAGUUUACAUAGAUAAAUAUUUUGGACUCUGAGAUCGUACUUGUGAGGAAUUUAGGGGAAACCACUUUUCAUGAAAUCCUAUUAAGAUUCAUAAAGUUUUGGUUCAAAGAAUAGGAUAAUAUGAAAACCUGGUAUGACUUAGCAUUCACUUUGGAGCCAAUUUUUUAAAAAUGAGGUCACUUCAAAAAGAACAGGGGAUCUGUUUUAAGAUGUAUUUGUUUCCUAUGACUUAAAAUGCAAAAUAGCCUUAUUUCCACUGUUAGUACUAUAGUGAAGUUUUCAAAGGCUAUUUUUAACUUUUAUGAGUAAUUUAACUCUGUGGAAAUAAACUUGAAUGUGUUAAAUUUUCCCUUUUAUACAGAAGUUCCAAGCAAAUUUAUUUUCCUCCCAAACUAUCCACCUUCAGGAUUAGUGACUAACAAAUAGGGCAGCACAGUGAAAAUUUGAACUUAUACAGAUAAAUUAGACUCAGGUCAGAUGGAUGUCAACAUUAUGGCAAAUGCCCUUUGACUUAACACAUACUAUACAAAAUAAAAAGUAAAA